AUGCCCAAAGCGAAUUCAGCCAGAAUUGCUGAUGCACAGCGUCAACGGCAACUUAUUUCCAAGAAGGGUAAAAAUUAUGGGUCUAGCAUCGUUUAUCUCCAAGUACUUGGUUCUGGGGCGAGAGGAGCUCCUAACACGUUAUAUCUUUUUACGGAUCAAAAGCGGUAUCUAUUCAAUUGUGGAGAAUCAACACAACGGCUAGCUCAUGAGCACAAGGUGAAACUAACACGAUUGGAUCACAUCUUUAUUACUAGCAAGACAUGGAGAAAUCUUGGUGGACUGCCCGGCCUCUCACUUACACUCCAAGAUGUUGGUGUACCUAAUAUAACUUUGCAUGGACCCGACGGCUUGGAUGAACUUUACACCGCCACCCGUAGGUUUGUUAUAAUGACAGACAUGAAUGUUACAAUGGCUAAAUGCAGCCCUGGUGAAGAUUUUAUUGAUAAUGUUAUGACAGUCAAAUAUGUGUUACUUCGUCCAGAAAACGUUCUACAACCAGAUCUAAAUCCUAUUAUUAAAAAGCCUAAACUCAGCAAUAAUCCUAAUGAUAAGGUAUUGGCGGAGUUUACGCAUGAUGAUACUGAUUACUACCAUCCUGAUGUAAAAAAUACGACAAAGAAGAAUAACAAUAUCAAAGACAAAGCAAAAGCAUCACCAGAGAAAGAUACUCCAAAGAAAAAGAUAGAAAAGAUCCUGAAUGACUUGCAAGGAAGUUCAAAAUGUACAGUGGCAUACAUUUGCACCCUAAAGAAAAGACUUGGCACUCUGGAUUUGGAGAAGUGCGUAGAGAAGGGUGUCAAGCCAGGCCCCAUGCUUGGCCAAUUGAAGAACGGCCUCGACGUGAUAUUGCCAGACGGGACCGUCGUCAGGUCGAAAGACGUGAAAACCCCAGAUGAUCCGGGACCAGUAUUUAUUGUGUUGGAAGUGCCUGACAUAUCGUAUCUGCAAGAGCACGAGUUCUCAGCGCACUUCGACAACGGCGUCAACCCAAAGGAGAUGGUGCCGAGCGUCGUGGUACACUACACGCCCUCGCACGUGUUGCGUCACCCCACCUAUCGGGCGUUCAUGUCGAUGUUCGGCCCCGCCACGCGCCACCUGGUGCUCAACGAGGGCAACUCGUGCCUCGGCUCGGAGGCGGUGCACCGCUCGCAGCACAGGCUGCACCAGCUGGACGCGCGCGUGUUUCCCCUGCUGCGUGACGUCAGCGUGCCCGCCGUCUGGGACGACCCGCCCGCCGCGCCCGCCGCCCACGAGCGCCUCGACCGGCUCAGGGACAGGAUCGCGUUGGCGCAGUUCGAGAACAUCAUCAGCAUGAAGGAGGGCAACAGGGCCGAGGGCGAUGGAACGGACAACCCUGAGGAUGGAAAGCUGAACAUCAUCACCGGGAGGACCCUCACGAUGUUCCACUUGAGACCGAAAAAGGAUCUAGAUAGAUCGGCGGAACCCAAGCUGCACAUACAGGAGUACAUCCAGGAGUCCAUGGGCGUGGAGGGCUUCGCGAAGAGCCUGCAGCAGUUCCACGAGCUGGCGGCGAAGGUGCGCGCCGAGGGUCGGGGCGCCGGCGCGGAGUACCCCAGGGUGGUGUUCCUCGGCACCGGCUCCUGCAUUCCCAGCAAGACGAGGAACACCAGCGGUAUCGUGCUGCAGAUCGACGAGUCCAGGUCGAUGCUGCUGGACUGUGGAGAAGGCACCUUCGGGCAGCUGGUUCGGUUCUACGGCCCGAAGAGGGUCAACGCCUUCCUGAGGACCCUAAAAGCGGUCUACGUGUCGCACCUGCACGCGGACCACCACAUCGGUCUGAUAGGGGUGCUGCAAGCGCGUCGUCAGGCUUUCGAGGAGGUGGAUUCGCGACAGCCCUACCAGCCGCUGCAUCUCCUCGCGCCCGGCCAGAUCGUCACGUGGCUGUCACUGUACGACCACCAGUUCGAGCGGAUAAGAGACGACUUUGUCCUAGUGCCCAAUCAGACCAUGAUGGAUUCCAAGUGCGACCUGACGGAGUGGGGGCUGCCCGCCGCCACGCUGGCAGAUCUGGGGCUGGCGAGGAUCACCACGUGCCUGGUGGCGCACUGCCCCAACGCGUUCGGCGUCGCCGUCGAGCUGCGAGGCGGACACAAGAUCACCUACUCCGGCGACACCAUACCGUGCGACGAGCUGGCGAGGAUCGGCAAAGACUCCACGCUGCUGAUCCACGAGGCCACUAUGGAGGACGAGCUUGCCGAGGAGGCGCGCGCCAAGAUGCACUCGACCACCUCGCAGGCGAUCGAGGCGGGCCGCCGGAUGGGGGCGCGCUGCACGCUGCUCACGCACUUCAGCCAGCGCUACGCGCGCGUGCCCCGCCUCGGGCCGCGCGCGCUGGUCGGCGUCGGCGUCGCCUUCGACAACAUGCAGACCGACGCUGGUACUGUUUCUCAGACCGACGCCGGUACUGUUUCUAUAACCGACGCCGGUACUGUUUCUCAGACCGACGCUGACCGAUGCAGGGUACUGUUUCUCAGACCGACGCUGGUACUGUUUCUCAGACCGACGCCGGUACUGUUUCUCAGACUGACUGAUGCAGGUACUGUUUCUCAGACCGACGCUGGUACUGUUUCUCAGACCGACGCUGGUACUGUUUCUCAGACUGAUGCAGGUACUGUUUCUCAGACCGACGCUGGUACUGUUUCUCAGACCGACGCCGGUACUGUUUCUCAGACUGAUGCAGGUACUGUUUCUCAGACCGACGCUGGUACUGUUUCUCAGACUGAUGCAGGUACUGUUUCUCAGACCGACGCUGGUACUGUUUCUCAGACCGACGCUGGUACUGUUUCUCAGACUGAUGCAGGUACUGUUUCUCAGACCGACGCUGGUACUGUUUCUCAGACCGACGCUGGUACUGUUUCUCAGACUGAUGCAGGUACUGUUUCUCAGACCGACGCUGGUACUGUUUCUCAGACCGACGCUGGUACUGUUUCUCAGACCGACGUGGUACUGUUUCUCAGACUGAUGCUCUGUUUCUCAGACCGACGCUGGUACUGUUUCUCAGACCGACGCCGGUACUGUUUCUCAGACCGACGCCGGUACUGUUUCUCAGACCGACGCUGGUACUGUUCUCAGACCGACGCUGGUACUGUUUCUCAGACCGACGCUGGUACUGUUUCUCAGACCGACGCCGGUACUGUUUCUCAGACUGAUGCAGGUACUGUUUCUCAGACCGACGCUGGUACUGUUUCUCAGACCGACGCCGGUACUGUUUCUCAGACUGAUGCAGGUACUGUUUCUCAGACCGACGCUGGUACUGUUUCUCAGACCGACGCCGGUACUGUUUCUCAGACUGAAGCUACUGUUUCUCAGACCGACGCUGGUACUGUUUCUCAGACUGAUGCAGGUACUACGCCGGUACUGUUUCUCAGACCGACGCCGGUACUGUUUCUCAGACCGACGCUGGUACUGUUUCUCAGACCGACGCCGGUACUGUUUCUCAGACCGACGCCGGUACUGUUUCUCAGACCGACGCUGGUACUGUUUCUCAGACCGACGCCGGUACUGUUUCUCAGACUGAUGCAGGUACUGUUUCUCAGACCGACGCUGGUACUGUUUCUCAGACCGACGCCGGUACUGAUUCUCAGACCGACGCCGGUACUGUUUCUCAGACCGACGCCGGUACUGUUUCUCAGACUGACGCUGGUACUGUUUCUCAGACCGACGCCGGUACUGUUUCUCACUCUGAUGCAGGUAGUGUUUCUCAGACCGACGCUGGUACUGUUUCUCAGACCGACGCCGGUACUGUUUCUCAGACUGAUGCAGGUACUGUUUCCGAGAUCGAAGCUAUUAUUGACACUAAAACCGACGCUGGUACUGUUUCUCAGACCGAUGCUGAUACUUUGGCAGGUGACUAUGGAAGACCUGCCCCUGCUGCCGCACAUGCACGCGCCCCUCCAGCUAAUGUUCGCCGAGCACUGCGUGGAUCUCGAGCUGAAGGCCGCCAACCGGGCGAAGCGCGCAAACCGGGGCGCCCCUUCGACGGGUACAGUCGGCGGCCCGACCGCCGCGAGCUCUGCACAGACGACGCAACAUCACACAGGUACAGUCGGAAGCGCACACACCGCAACUCUCGACGUGGGCCAACACGGCCUGCCGGAAAGCCCCCCAAUGGAUCCGUCCGAUAAUAAUACAGACCUCGGUAGUAUAACGCCCGCGGACCCACAAGGGCCCGCGACAGACAGCCCUAUGGACUUGAAUCAGUUAGACGUCAAGAUCCAGAACGUCACCCGACGUACUAACGAGCAUUGCAAGAUUGACGCGGAUAGCGACGUUGACCGCAGC